UGUCGACCGUCCUUAGAUCUGCAUGCUAAAGAAGGCUCCAUUCCCUUUGAAAUGGGAAAAUUGAGUGACAGGCUUUAAAGGGGGCUUUUGGAAUCAACCAUUGGAUUGGUUUGGGGUCCUCAUUAGCAGACUAUUAACAGUGGAGAAAGAGAGGGAGACUUAAGGGGACAUCUAUAGUUUAAGAGAUCCCUGGCAAAUAACCAAAAGGGAUCAUCAUCAGCUUUUUUCAGAAAUAGAGGGGAAAGCAGGAGGUUGCACAAGAUGUUGCGUGUUUUUGUUAUGUCUGCUCAUUUACAGCUUGAACAGGAAGAUCGCCCUGAUACGUAUGUGACUGGUUCCUUCAGAGAUAUUCACAGGGACACCAGAGUUGUGCAGAAGGAACAGAAUCCCGUCUGGAAUGAGACCCUGGUGUGGUAUUUGGAUGGAGAGUUGUUGGACAGCGACCCUUUUGUGACUGUCCACCUCCGAGAGUGGAGCACUAAAGCUGUUGACAGGAAUUUUGGCUUUGCUAGCAUAGCCCUAGGAGCUGCUUCUGAAAGACCCAGAACUUUGAUCAACAUCAAGAACCUGGCACUGAGGGAUGACAAUCUGAAACCAACUGGGUGUACCAUCACUGUGAAGAUCUGCUUUUCCCCUGCAGAACCUGCAACAGAUCUGCCAUCAAAAAAACAUGAUUUCAGGAAAUUUAUUUGCUGCCCCAUCUUUGCAAAGGAUUCUGAAACGGAAGAACUGGUUACAAAGGAAACAGAUAUCCAAGAGGCAACGCCAACACCCACACCCAAGAAAGUGUUGGUCGACAAGAAGCAAGUCUUUCAGGUGCGAGUUGGAAUAAUAGAGUGCCGGCAGCUGCAAGAAAACAACAUCAAGCCGGUGGUCAAAGUCUCUAUUGGGGAUUACGUGUUCAGGACGAGAAUUAAAUUUGGGAUCAGCCCCUACUACAAUGAGACAUUCGUUCAGACUUUUGAUGAGAGACCUAUGCAACUAUUCGACCAGUUCAUUGACAUCCAGGUACUGAACUCCAAGGCAAUACGGGCCGAUUCCCUCAUUGGGGUCUUCAGGAUUGAGAUCGGGCUUGUGUAUGAAUCUCCAGGUCAUGCUCUGAUGGGCAAAUGGCUGAGCCUCUAUGACCCAGCUAAUCUCAAUGCCGGACUAAGGGGCUAUGUGAAAGUUAACCUCUGUGUCCUUGGAGCUGGAGAUCAGGCGCCGGAUGCAGCCCAUUUGCCAGACAGUGGCGAUUUGGAGGCCAACCUCCUGCAGGCGGCAGUAAUGCCAGCAGUUCGCAGAGCCAUGCUCCAGCUCUUUGUAUACCGAGCAGAAGAUUUGUCUCCAAUACGGAGCAACAUGGAUGUUGAUCCCACUGGCGGUUCAGUUGACCCUUCUCUGGAAGUUGAUUUUGCAGGGAAACUGCUAAAGACCAGAGUUGUGCUCAGAGACGCCAACCCUGUGUGGAACCAGCUGAUGUUCUUUCCUAUGCAGAUGCCUUCCAUGUGUGAUCUAAUCAAACUCAGUGCUCUUGAUGGGGAACAAAAUGAAGAUAGCAGUGUUCUGGGGAUGGCAUUUCUCAGCCUUUCCCAGAUCUCUUCAGCUGGGAAUGACAUGGGAAAGAAUUUCCCAGGCUUCCUGCCGUGCUUCGGGCCAAGCUUUGUGACCCUCUACAGGACGCCACCAGAGCUCAUGAACGAAGAGGACAAUUUAGAGAAUGUUGGGAGUAAGGAAGGGAUAAUUUACCGGGGAAGAGUCCUAGUGGAGCUGAUUACCUACAUGGAUCCGGACCCCGUUCAAAGAAUAGAAGCUGUUCCUGAACAAUAUAUUACAAGAAUGGAGCGCUAUUUGCCUCAAAUCCGGUAUGGGUUAUGUGUCAUCUUUUAUUCAGCUACUAUGUUGGCUGAUAUCAAGGAACAGAUCCAGUUUGAGGUCAGCAUUGGGAACUAUGGCAACAAAUUUGAUGGGACUUGCAAACCUUCUGCCUCAACCACUCAGUACAGCCAUGCUGUGUAUGAUGGUAACCACUACUACUACUUGCCAUGGUAUGACACAAAGCCCAUGGUUGCCAUCACCUCAUUCUGGGAGAACAUUAGCUACCGAAUCGCCAGUAUGAACGCCAUGCUAUUCAUUCACAACAGGCUGAAGAAGAACCUGGACAUUCUUAAAGCCAUCAGCUCUCCCAAAGACCCAGUUGUGGGUGCUGUUUGGAAAAUGCUCCAGAAAGAACUGGUGGAAGACUGCAAGAGACCUCUUCCUGGCUGGGAAGCCCCAACAGUCCCUACCAUGCUGGAUCUGCAGCUGAGGAAGCUGCGCAGCCAACUCCUCCUGAAAACCAGCAAGGCAGCAGAGAAGACAAGUUGGAAGACGCCCCUGCAGAAACUGAUUGCCAAAGCAGAGGUCUGGCUGAACAGGAUCGCUUCAGUCACUUCCGAGGCCCAGAUCAGCAUGCCGGAUGUCAUGAUCUGGAUGCUGUGUGAUGACAAGCGGGUGGCCCACACCCGGGUCAGGUCUCAUACAAUCAUGUUCUCCAAAGCUGGCCCCCAUGCCAGGGGCAGAAUGUGUGGCAAAACCCAGACCAUCUUCCUGCAGAGUGCACAAAACAAAGGGAAGGCAGCUCCCAUUCCUGUUGUGCUGCGGGUGCGAAUGUGGCUUGGAGAGCUGGCUGAUAGUGCAGAGUUCUUGAAAUGUUGUGAAGGGAGAAUUCUUAUCUACGCUGAGACGUAUGAAAAUCAAAAGAAGACCCACGGAAUAUGGGGGACCAGGGACCUGAUGCAGCACCCUGCCUUUUCAGAUGUCACUGGGAAGGUCAGCCUUCCCAAAGAAAAGUUCCAGCCGCCUGUGGGGUGGCAGUGGGAUGGCGAGUGGGUCGUGGAGCCCCAGAGAAGGCUCUUGCUGGACAAAGAGACAAACCACACCGAAGUGCUGGAGGAAGUGUAUGAGAACCAGAUCCGGCAACCUGGGCGUCGAUGGAGACCGGCCCCAGUCCCCUAUAGCAAUGCUAGUGGUUCCCCUGCCCCUCCAAAGGAAGAGAUUUUGUGCCCCCAAGGCUGGCUCUUUGUGGAAGACUGGAAAGUGGAGGAGAAUCGUGCUGUGGACGAUGCUGGUUGGGAGUAUGGCGUUGCUCUCCCACCCGCUGAGUUCCCCCGUUCUUGGAAUGCAGCCGAGAAGACCUACCACACCCACCGCCGGCGGCGCUGGCUCAGGAAACGCUGCCGGAACCUGGCCAGCGAGAACCAAGAAGGAAAAAUGGCCGCCUUCCUUCGGCUGCACUCCGAGUUAAGGCUGAAAGAAGAGACUUGGGAAUAUGCCCCACUCCAUGGCUGGAGGUUCCAUCUGCAGCGGCAUCCCAGCGACAUCUUUCGCCGGCGAUGCUGGCACAGGAAGCUCAUCCCGAUGUCGCCCAGCGGUGUGGCCUCCAUUUUUCUCUUGGAGGGUUCACUGGGUGUGGAAAUUGAAAGCCAAUGGAAAAAUAAGAAAAUUGAGAUAGGAAAGAAAGAAGAAAAGAAAGAUGAGAAAGAGCCAGAAAAAGCUCCCUCUCAGGCCCUCCUGAAGAAGAACACCCCACUUAUCUUCUGCAUGUUCAAGAAUCCUGUCUAUUUCCAGUUGCGCUGCUACAUCUACCAGGCAAGAGACCUAGUUGGAACUAGUGCUAAGAGUUCUGCAGAUCCUUUGGCCCACGUUUCCUUCCUUCACAUGAGCCAACAUACCCAGACCAUCUCUGGCACGCUGCACCCCUGCUGGGACCAGACCCUUAUCUUUGAAAACAUCUUGAUCUAUGGAGACCCUCGAGCAACUGAGCAAGAGCCACCUGUGGUGGCCUUGGAGGUCUUUGACUUUGACGCAAGUGGCCACUCCCAUUAUUUCAUGGGAAGGAGCUUGUGCAUCCCAAGUGUGCACCUGGAUCUCAGCUCACGAAGACUACCCCGCCUCCAGAAGUAUACAAUCAUCAAAGAACAGGAGGAUUCCGGUCAGCUCCUGGCUGCUUUUGAGCUUCUGUUGGACAAGAAGGAUGGAUCCUUAGGAAAGCUUCCACCGCCUGCAUGGAAGGAUGGGACAUACAUAAUCCCUAAAGGAAUCCGGCCCAUCUUAAGGCUGAUGGCCAUUGAGAUCCUGGCUUGGGGCCUGCGGGACAUGAAGACCUACAAUCUGCUGGCCAUCAGCAAUCCGAGUCUCAUCAUAGAGUGUGGAGGAGAAACGCUUCAGACGCCAGUCAUCAGGAAUCUGCAAGAGCACUCCAAUUUUCCAAUCAAUAUCUAUCUCAUGAAAGUGUACCUGCCUGUGGAUGAAGAUUAUGCGCUUCCUAUCGAACUGAAGGUGAUAGACCACAGAGAGUUUGGAUUUAAGCCUGUGGUGGGCCAAGCGACUGUGAGAUCCAUGAGCCAGUACUACUGUGACCCCUGGGAAGAAAGGAAGGCCCAUAAUCUCCCUGUCAGAGCCAUUGCCAAGACAAAGAGAAAGAAGGAGCUGGGCAAAGCCUACAAGGCCUGGUUCUGGAAAAGGCCCUUUAGGAAAGAAGAGAAGGAGAUGGAAGAAGAGGAAGAGGAGGUGGACUGGUGGAGCAAGUACUACGUGACUAUGGGAGAUCUGUCAAAGAGUGGACAUUACCUGGAGAAGGGCUUUGAUAGUUUGAAGAUGUAUAGCUGUGAACUGGAAGAAGUGCCUGAAUUCCAUGGCCUACAGGAUUUCUGCCAGACCUUUCAGCUGCACCGAGGGCUGGUGAAAGAUGACGACCCCAGAGUGGGGGGUCAGUUCAAGGGACUUUUCCGGAUCUAUCCUUUACCAGAAGAUCCCAAUGUCCCACCCCCUCCACGCCAAUUCCAGGAACUUCCCGACAACGUCUGCGAGUCAUGUCUGGUCCGGAUUUACAUCAUCCGAGCCUUUAACCUAGAGCCAAAGGACAGCAAUGGUCUGUGUGACCCCUACAUCAAAAUCAAGGUCGGGAAGAAAAAGGUUGGCGAGAGGGAGGAGUAUGUUCCCAACACUCUGGAGCCCGUCUUUGGGAGGAUGUUUGAGAUUAUGUGCAACAUCCCAACAGAAAAGGAAUUGAAGAUCUCAUUCUAUGACUUUGACAUGUUUUCCCCUGAUGAUGUAAUUGGAGACACCACCAUUGACCUGGAGGACCGGAUCCUGUCCCGCUAUGGAGCCAACUGUGGCCUUCCACAGUCCUACUGCGUAUGUGGCCCCACCCAGUGGCGAGACCAGCUUCUUCCAAGCCAGCUCUUGGAGAAUUAUGCUCGGACCAAGAACAUACCUCAGCCGGAUAUAAGUGAAGAUGGCAGCAGAGCCACUUUCCAAAGCAAGAUUUAUCAGCUGUCUGACUUUGAGACUAAACUACCUUCACAUGGCUUCCUGGGGCCUCCAAAAGAGCGCAUGGCUCUCCAUCUCCUCCACACCUGUGGGCUGGUGCCUGAACACGUGGAGACUCGUGGCAUCUACAGCGCUACCAAUCCUGGGAUCCAGCAGGGGAAAGUGCAGAUGUGGGUUGACAUCUUCCCAGAAAACAUUGGUGAGCCAGGACCUCCUUUUGACAUCACCCCAAGGAAGCCCAAGAAGCACGAACUUCGCUGCAUCAUCUGGAACACCAAAGAUGUGGAUCUGGAAGACACCAACAUUUUUGGAGACAGGAUGAGUGACAUCUAUGUGAAAGGGUGGAUGGAUGGCCUGGAGGAGGACAAGCAGAAGACAGAUAUCCAUUAUAGGUCCCUGACAGGAGAAGGCAACUUCAACUGGCGCUUUGUGUUUACCUUGGAGUACCUGCCCAUGGAGCAGGUCUGCGUUCUCACCAAGAAGCAACAUUUCUGGAGCCUUGACGAGACCAUGCAGAAAGUGCCCCCCAAGCUCAUCAUCCAGAUCUGGGACAAUGACAAGUUCUCAGCUGACGACUUUAUAGGAAUCCUGGAGCUGAACCUGAACAGCAUGCCUAGCCCCGCCAAGCGUCCCCGCGACUGCACCGUGAAGAUGCUGCUGGAGGACACCGGUGCCACCACCUCCACCUCUUUUUUCCAUCGCCGCAAACGGAAACCUGUCUCCCUGUUCAAGCAGAGGGAAAUGAGGGGGUGGUGGCCCUGCAUCGUCUUUGAGAAAGACAAGCCUCGCGUGUCGGGCAAGGUGGAAAUGUCCUUGGAGCUGCUGACAGAAAAGGAGGCUGAAGAGCGGCCAGCUGGGAAAGGAAGAGAGGAGCCCAACAUGAACCCAGUUCUGAAGCCACCAGAGAGGCCGGAGACCUCUUUCCUGUGGUUUACAGCCCCGCUGAAGAGCAUCCACUUCGUUGUGUGGCAGAAGAGCAAAUGGAAGCUCUUGAUUUUCCUUUGCUGUGUGCUGGUGAUUUUGCUGUUUGCAGCCUUCAUCUACGCAGCUCCUGGCUACCUGGCAAUGAAGAUAAUCAAUCCGAUGGGAGGGAGACGCUCCAUAAUAUACCAAAUGCCUCCAAAGAAGAAGGAAACUCUUGAGAGGCCACCUGAAGAAGCUCCUGAAACACUGCCUCCAGUUGCUGAGAGACCACUCCCAGCUCCCAAUAAGUUGCCACCCACUCCCCAAAAUCUACUCACAACUCCCGAGGAAACACCCACUACUCUCAAACCUCCCACUCCCAAGAAACCAGCUCCAGCUCCCAAGAAACCACCCAAAACUCCCAAGAAACCAGCUCCAGCUCCCAAGAAACCACCCAAAACUCCCAAGAAACCAGCUCCAGCUCCCAAGAAACUACCCAAAGCUCCCAAGAAACCAGCUCCAGCUCCCAAGAAACCACCCAAAACUCCCAAGAAACCACCCAAAGCUCCCAAGGAAUCACCUCUAGUUCCCAAAAAACCAACUCCAGCUCCCAAGAAACCACCCAAAGCUCCCAAGAAACCAACCAAAACUCCCAAGGAAUCACCUCCAGUUCCCAAAAAAUCAACUCCAGCUCCCAAGAAACCACCCAAAGCUCCCAAGAAAUCACCCAAGGCUCCCAAGAAACUACCCAAAGCUCCCAAAAAAUCAGCUCCAGUUCCCAAAAAAUCACCUCCAGUUCACAAAAAAUCACCUCCAGUUCCCAAGAAACCACCCAAAGCUCCCAAGAAACCACCCAAAACUCCCAAGAAACCACCCAAAGCUCCCAAAAAAUCACCUCCAGCUCCCAUGAAACCACCCAAAGCUCCCAAGAAGCAACCAUCCACUCCCAAGAAGCCACCACUGAUUCGCAAAAAAAGACGCACCUGGUAGUUAGCUGCAGUGGAAGCAAAUUAUGUCUCCAAAUGCUGUUGCUUAUAAUGUCUUGCACCAGAGGACCACUCUGUUCAUGCUCCAUCUUGCCUCCAGAUA